CAAGCCCGGGACUUAAUAGUCAAAGCUAUUACUAUUACUCCGUUACAUGACCAGCAAUCUCGACUACUAGAUCUAGUAGAAAUCUUCAGAGAAUAUACUGAAUUCGGCCGUAUCCGCCAUACUAGUACUUUACUAGCCUCCCAAGUAGCAAACCUCGAAAAUGCUACUAAACGGAUCGAAAUUCAAGCAAGAACUCAAGCUAAACCAGAUACUCAAGCUAUUCAAGCUAAAACUACCUCCGGAAAGCCUACUUGGGCUAAAAUCGCUACUCAAGAACUACUAUACUCGGAAAAGGACUGGACUAUAGUAUUAUAUACUAAUACAAAAUCUAUAGCCCUCUCUAGGAAAAGCACCUUCCUACUAGCUCAUAUAGAGCAGGCUAGCUUGUUUUCAGCUAUUUCCGUCUGCAAUUUGCUUAAUAAUGCUUUCCGUACUAAGGGAAUUAAGGGACUAGUAAUCUCUAUAGUCUCUCUUUCCUCAAAGGGUAAUAUUAUAGUUAAUACUACCCCUGAGUUCAACUCUGACUUUUUGGUUCAAAACGAAGCUACUAUAAAGGGGGUGCUUCCCUUAGUAAAAAGAGAGCCCUGGUAUAAAGUUAUUAUCUACGGUCUACCUAUUCGUGAUUUCGAUAUAUCCGAAGAAAUAGACUUAGUCCUAGAAAAGAUCAAGACCUUUAAUAAGGGUCUAGAGCCUAUUGGCCAGCCCUAUUAG